UGUCGAUCCGAGAGCACACUACUACAUUCACCAACAGGACGAACAGCAGCGAGGUGUCUCUGGCUGUGGCACAGUAACAGACAAAGCGAAAACAGGAGAUUACCAGAAAAGCAAGUUGCCAGAAAAGCAAUUUGGUCUUAAAUAGACAUUGGUUUUUGUUAUCAAGAAGAGGAAGCCAAAUUAGAAAAGACAGCUGAAAAUUUCCACAUGAAGGAUCUCCAAAUGGGGAAUGCAGAAGAAUGAUUUGAAAUGCUGCAUAUGACAAUGAUGCUGUUAUUUUCAGCUGACUGGACCACAAGGAGGGAAACAACAAAAAAAAAACCUAUAAACCAAGAUGCAAGGGGCCUUGUAAAUGUGUGGUUGAGCACGUGUACAAGAUCAGAAGUGUAACAUGCAAGAUCGCGUCAUCAAAACUGCUGUAAGAACUCAUUUCUUUUAUUAAAUAAUUCUGCUGAGCAAUGCUACAUCUCCAAAUCUCCCAUCAGGAUUGUAAUAUGUAAAAUUUUUACAAAAGACAUUUACAUGGUCAUAAAAAGUAACCUCUAUGCAUAUUUCUUAGAUUAUCUUUGAACUGACAAUGCAAAACAAUAGUAACAGUAGCAAUAGUAAUGGCGGGAACUGUUCUGUAGAGGAUGAGUUUAAAUACACUCUAUACAGCUCAGCGUUCAGCAUCGUCUUCAUCCUAGGACUGCUCUUCAACAUUGUGGCUUUGUACAUCUUCAUUUGUACGCUGAAGCAAAGGAAUGAGACCACUACCUAUAUGCUGAACCUGGCCGUAUGCGACACGUUUUUUGUCCUCAGUCUGCCGUUUCGGAUUUAUUACUUUCUCAACAAGCAGAACUGGCCUUUUGGGACGGUGCUCUGCAAAAUCUCUGUGUCGCUGUUCUACACGAACAUGUAUGGCAGCAUGCUUUUCCUGACCUGCAUCUGUGCGGAUCGUUUUCUGGCCAUCGUUCACCCGUUCGCCUCCAGGUCACUAAGGACUAGAAGAAGCGCAAAAAUCGCCUGCUGUUCAGUUUGGCUGCUCGUGCUUUCGAUCAGCUUGGCGGUUGGGUUUAAGCUGGAAACAUCAAGCAACAAAAACAACAGCUACUGCUUUGAGAACUUCAGCAACUCGCAGUGGAAAUUCGAACUAUUCGGUGUGGUGCUGGUCAUGGAGACUGUGGGGUUCGUGAUCCCACUUCUCAUUAACCUAUUCUGCUCCAUGAUGAUCUUGAGCACGCUGAGAAACCUGGACACAAUUAAAAGCGAAGGGCAGCUGAACAAGGCCAAGAUCUUGCGCAUGAUCGUUGUGCACUUGCUUGUCUUCUGCUUUUGCUUCAUCCCAUAUAACGUUAAUCUGGUUUUUUACAGCCUGGUCCGCAGUAAAGCCAUUAGUAAUUGCGCCGUGGAGACUAUCGUCAAGACUCUUUACCCCAUUACGUUAUGCAUUGCGGUGACAAAUUGCUGCUUCGACCCUGUUAUUUAUUAUUUCACCUCAGAAACCAUCCAGAACUGUAUUAAGCGCAAGUCUUUGGCUGUACGAAGCACCAGGAAGCAUUGCGAUAAUCCAGACAACGAGCCUCCUGGGAACACGGCACAGUUUCUGCCAACCAAGUUAAUAUUUAACGAAUCUACUGUAUGAGGAAGCAGAAGUUUCUUUUCCAAACAAAGUAGACGAGAACAAUAUGUUCCAGUAUACACUUCGACAUGACACAUUUGUAAGAAAAAUGAAUUAGUGUGUGUGUAUGUGUGUUGUUAUUUUUAAAUUAUUUGCAAUGUUUUUCCAUUGGGUUGGCAUGGGCAUCUUUACAAAAUCAACUUAUGCCAGUUCUUUUAUUUAUUAAUUUAACAAAUCCAAGAGCAAUGUGGUUUUACAUAAUGAACUUGUUUAAAAAAACAAAACAAAACAAAAAAAAGUGUUUAAAUGCCAGUACCCAAUUUUUCCAAUAAACUGAGACAUUAAGUUAACUAAGAGGUUAUAGCAAAUUUAUAAAAACCUGACAUUAUAUUGUAUUAUUGUAUACACGUAUUAUAUACAUGUCUUACUAAAGCCAUCCAUCUGUUCAGCUCAAACUGAAGUUUAAUCUUGCUUGCAUAUGAUUUAUAAUGAAUGUAUUGCCAUAGACUUUAACCUUGGGGUUCUGAAACUUUCUUGAAGCCAGACAGCUGUUUAACUGUAAAAUACAGGACAGGUUUAUUUUAUGAACAUAAUCUGACUAUUUAAAUAUUAAGUUCAUUAAUUAAAUAUGUACAAUAACAUGCUUACUUUUUUAUUCUUGAACAUUCAAUGAAAAGAACACAUUAGGUCCAAAAUGGUAUUUACAGGCUACGUGUUUUUCAGAAUUUUGGCAACCUGGCUAAUAACUAUAAUAAUUGAAUAACAAAUAUAACAGCCUUGUAAUAGUGGGUUGUGAUUUGCACCUCUGUAUCUGAAUGAACAAUUCAGAGACUCUUAACACGGACAUAUUGUAGAUUGUAUACUUAUUGGUUAUGGCAGUGGUUCUCAAAGUGGGGCGCAUGAUGAGAACCACCAUCAGAACAAGUAAGUGCACAAUCUACAACAGGUCUGUGUUAGGAGUCGAGCAAAAUUCUGUGAAUUAAUGCUACGUAACUCAAACAAUUUUGCCUACAAUCCUGGUUACUACAACGUUCAAUUUUUUCUCUUUAAUUGCCUGUUGCUCACAUAUAGAUACAAGCCUUGGGACAGAGGUGUCCAAUCUUAUCCGGAAAGGGCCGGUGUGGGUGCAGGUUUUCAUUCCAACCAAUCAGAAGCCACACCUGAGUCUACUGAAGGCAAAGAUCAACUGAUUAAAACAGGUGGAAUCAGGUGUGGCUCCUGCCUGAUUGGCAUGAAAUCCUCCAUCCACACCUGCCCUUCCCGGAUAAGAUAGUACAACACCUCUGAUUCAGCAUUUUCCUAUAAUAUUUGAAUCCAUUUGGUGUCUUUUUCUACAUGACAGCCAACAAAUCCGUUAAUUAAAAGACUGAAAGUGUGGCCUAACCUUUAAGUGCACUCAACAGAGCUGGCCUAACUGUGUUACACAUUCACAAGUCUAGGACAGCGUGCUUGUAGAGCAGGUACAACUCCAUGGUCCCUGAUAAAUAAGUUUAAAUUACUUCCUCUAUGGAGUUUCACAUGUUCUCCCCGUGCCCAUAUGGGUUUCCUCUCACCUCCUAAAAGGUGAACUGGCUACACUAAAUUACUGCUGUGUGUGAAUGAGUGCGUCAGUGAUGCCUUGUGAUAGUCUGGCACCUUGUCCAGGGUGUACCCCUGCCACGCGCUCCAGAUCCUGGAGCGGGACAAAAUGGUUAGCAAAGCUGAAUGCAUUACCGUAUACAUUUAUGACUAACUGAAUGGAUGUAGUCUGGUGUAUUUUCCACUCUUUUUUAAGGCACAAUUAAGGAGGCAUUAUGCAUCCAUUUCUAAAACUGCAGUAAAUGAAUGUUUACACUAAAUUCUCUCAAACAUAGCUAGCUUUGCAGUCAACCUGCAAUUUUGAAAGGAGUUUCAUUGUUUGUCUAUAUUGUGCGAGUUUGAACAAGUACACCAAAAUUUCUUUUCUCUUUUUUUUGUUCUCCAUAAAUUGUGUUAUUAGUAAAACAGACAAACAGAAAAAUACAAGUGUUAAAUACAAGAUGCGUUUUUUUUUUUUGUGUAACUGUAUGAAGUUUACAUUUUUAUAAUACGGCUUUAUAUUUAGUUUUAUACUUACAGACUUGUAUUUUAUCUGUGUAGGUGUUGUACAUGUUUGCUAUUAAAAGAUGCAUGACAUUAUGGCUGGAACAUAUGCUCUAUAUGAAUAAAAAGACAGCUACUAUUA